UUCUGUACUUAAGUGAUGGCCUAUUUUUUUCCCUAUCCAUUCUCUUACCUUUUAAAGUGUAUGCCUAUUUGACUGAUAAAUCAAAUGUUUGUUUGAGCUAAUUCGUUGUGCCUUACUGGCUGGCUGGCUGCACACGGGUCGAUGCAUGGUGCCAAAGUGUCUGUUUGAUUGCGCUUUAGAUUUGAGUUGUAUUCAUUUGUGUAUCUUCUAGAAUGCUUGUUGUGCAAUCUCCUACCUCAUAUGCACAUUUAUUUUAUGUUAUAUAUUUACAGAAAUGCAAUCAAUUUCCACAUCCAUUUCUCGGAAGAACAGUACAAGGCAUAGACAUGAUUUCUUUUUAUAUAGCAAAUAAUGUUCUAAAAAGAAAAAUAAUAUCUUUUGGACAUUUAUGUGAUCAAAAUCAGAUCGACACUGGACUCCAAUUUUUUUAUUUCAAAAAUUAAAUUCCUGCAUUUUUAAUACUUCAAAUAUUUCCAAAAAAGCAGUCAUAAAAUAUUUGGAGGUAUAGCCAGUUCUAUUGUACAUCUAUAUUUGGAUUUUUGGCAUGCACCCAGUGGCAUCAACAAGGAAGAUAGGUAUUUGUUUGACGAUUGAAGUUGAAACUGGUAUGCAUUACUCAGUGGCAUGUGUAUAUAUUUGUUUAUGAGUAGGAUCACUUCAUCUCUUUCAGAUAUUUGGCAUUAAGUGCAUAAUAUUACUCUUUAUAACAUUAUAUAAUAGUGACACGCCAUCAUUUGUACAUAUCUUCUCCAAAUGGAUAUCAUUUACUAUGGAAUAUUUCCCAAUAUCUUUGUGCCAUAUCAGACACCACCAUUUUGGACCCAAAUAAAUGCCAGGCUUCAUCAAUUAACAUAUUCUGACCGAAAAUCAAAUCUGGCUUCUUUUUUUUAAUUCCACAUAUCCACCAGAUACUAAGAUAGAGAGUUGAUCUAUUUAAAUCUGCAGUAUUUUGUCUAUCUUCUCCAUCCAUGUUCAUAUAUCCUUUACGGAACACUAUUUCAUCUCCUCCCAUCCCACUGCCGUGAGUUCUUCCGACACAGAGAGAGAAAGGAUGCAGCGGUCUGUCUGGAUACGCACCUUCUCGUCCCCUGCGUGUGUCCAACCCAUCGAAAGCUCCGACGAUGGCUCGCAUCACUCCGCCAUGGCCCCAAGCAGUGAGGAGGAAUCACGCAAGAAGAUGGACAAGAAGGUAACGAAGCUACUCCUGCCCUUGAAGCACCGACGACGCAUCUCCCAAGCUUUGAGGUCGCUCUCUUGGGGUGCCAAGAAGGAGGAGCCCACCAACAAGGAUGGCGGCUGCGAGGAGAUGAGCGAUUCUGAGACGACGUUCGUGUCCGCGAAGAGCUCUGAACUGCGCUCCUCCUCUACGGACGUCGACGACUCGGAACCCCCGUCAUUUCGCCUCAGCCCGCCACCCAUCUUCCCUACUGGGAGCAUCGAACGCCGACCCCCAGCCUCGCCUGUGAAGAUUGUGCGGAAACUUCCGUUCGGGUACGUCAUCGGCCGUCAGCUGGACGUACCCGCGCCGCCGCCGCCAUCUGUGACGACGCUGGCAAGAAGAAUCAAGAAGGUGGUGCCAGUGAUGGCUGCGCUGCACCUCCGAUCGAGAUCGCAGAUGGUCAAGAAGAAGGUGGGCCGUGCUUUGAAGGAAGCAUGCCGACGAGGUAGGCGCGAAGGUGCAGAAGAAGCUGAUUUCUGCGGCGGCCAUGAUGACGAAGAUGUGUUCUGGAAGAAGGAUGUGAAGGGGCUUCGCUGCCGGCGGGUGGAGGAUGACGACGCCUCUUAUUGAGAGCACAGGGACGACUGGACGAGUGGAUCGAGCGCUUCUAUCAUCAUUUUGCGCCAUUCACAUACAUCCGUGUUUUUCUUGUGGUGUGUAUGAACAAUAGAAAUUCAGAUACAGAUCUGACAAAGGACAUCGUAUAAUCCACUUUUCUGAUACCUCUUUCCCAUCCAUUCUCUCUUUUAAAUUGUAUGCCUAUUCGCCUGAUAAAUCAAAUGUUGUUUGAGCUAA